AUGGGAGAAGACGCCCCGCAGGACACCCCGCAGAAGCAAUGGUGGGAGGAGUUCCCUGAGCCAAAGGCCGAAUGCCCUCGAACAGACCCUUCCAUUGUCGCAAAACUCAUUGAAGUGAAUGCAGCUUCUGGAAAGAAUGCCCAAAGGGACUUUUUGCUAGUUGAUGUUCGAAGGACGGACUGGGAGGGUGGCACUAUCGCUACAUCCAUCAAUCUCCCCGCUCAUACGUUGUAUCAGACACGUCCUCAGAUCUAUCAGCUUGUCAAACAGGCAGGUAGCUGCGGUAGUCGAGGUCCACGAUGUGCAGGCUGGAUGCAGGACUAUCUCGAUGAAGUUGAAGAGACCGAGACCAAGGCUGAAAUUCUGAUUGGAGGUAUCAAGGGUUGGCAGAAAGCGUAUGAUGGCCAGUUGAUGGACUCCUAUGACAAGAAGGCCUGGGAGAAGAAGGAGUAG